CUCGGGAGAGCCAGGACUGCGAGACGCAGAAUCUGCAGUUCAGGAUGUUCACCACCCACGUGAUAAGUCUGUGAUUUCUUCAUGCAAACGUGGCAUGUGAACGAAAGCAGGUUUUGAAACUAGCAGAAACCUUGCACCUGUUGGAGGUCCAUUUCAGCAGUGAAGGAAAAUGGCGGCUCCGUGUCCAGUAGAUGAGGAAGCAGGAAAAAUCCUCCAUACCAUCCAGGAUGAACGCAGGAGGGGAUUUGGAAAAAUUAUGGGGCAGAAAAUCCUAGAGGAAGAACCCCUCACAUGGGACGCCCAUCACCAGCAGGCCAGGGGAUUCUGCUACCAGGAGGCCGCGGGGCCACGGGAGCUCUGCAGCCGCCUGCAUGGCUGGUGCCACCUCUGGCUGCAGCCCGAGCGGCGCAGCAAGGCGCAGAUGCUGGACCUGGUGCUGCUGGAGCGGCUGCUGGCCGUGCUGCCCGCGGAGGAGGCGCGCUGGGUGCGCGAGUGCGGCGCGGAGAGCAGCGCGCAGGCCGUGGCCCUGGCCGAGGGCUGCCUGCUGAGCCAGGCCAAGGAGCGGAAGGAGCGUGAAGGGUGCCAGGCGUGGGGAGCCUUCUGGGGGGCCAAGGAAGAAUCCCUCAAGGCAAGGACGGACACGUUCCAUCUCUUAAAAGAGUCGUCCCUUCCGGAGAUCUCCCGGCAGCAUCAAAUAUGGGAUGCCUCAUCUGACUUGAUGGGGUUGCGUGAGAGACAAAACUACCCAAAAAAGUUCACCAGGAACAGUGGAAAGGAUGGGGGCUUUUCAGCUGAUUGUGAGGAGCCUCCCCCCAGAGCAGACAGCAGAACAACAUCUCUGGCACUUUUUAAAAAGUCUUUUCUUCCUGGUGGAGCCAAAACAGCAGCUGAAGCUACAGUCCAGGGUCUCGUCUCCUUUGAGGAGGUGGCCGUGUACUUCACCAGAGAGGAGUGGUCCAUGCUGAAUCUCAGCCAAAGAGCCCUGCAUUGCCAAGUUAUGCUGGAGAAUUCCCAAAAUGUGGCCUCUCUGGGUAAGGGCCCCCCUUUGCUCUGGACUCUCUUGACUGGGACAGACCUUGGCUAACAGAAGUCGUCUGGCUGGCUGUGUCUGGGUUUCCCCUCGCUGGAAAAAAAGAGAAGUCUGGGGCUUUUUGAAGCUCCUUAAUAGAUGAAUAUCAGAAGGGACUUGUUUCGACAUGUGGUGAACCGUUUGGUAACUGAAACUUGAGAAGGCCAAUCAGUUCAGUUGUGUUUUAUCUCUAAACUAAACCAUUGGCUUUGGGGAAACACCCCAGGACUGCAGUGUUUAACUGAAAUCCAGCAUGGAUUUUUGUUCUGAUGGCUGAACACAACUAAUACUGUCUCUAAGACAGCUGUGCAGCACUUUAGAUUUGGGGGCCAAAAGGUGCUGCAGCGCAUAUAGCGGGGCUCACAUAGCACGUUCUCCAGGUCUUUAUAGCCAUUGGUUCUUUUCCAUGGAUCAUGAGGCUGUUCCUGUAGCUGGUAAAGUGUCAGGCAGAUCACAAGUAUCUGAUCCAUUCCUAAUUGCAUUAGAAACCCAUUGUGUUUGUUGAGUCCUUCUGAGAUUAUCUGAAACCUUUUGAUGUAAGUGAAUGUUCUUACAGUUUCUUACUCAGUGGUGGAAUUAAAGUCCCACUUUUCCAAAACAGUCACUUUGAGGUCUGUCAUGAAGCAUCCUGAGAGG